GGCAGAUACAGCAAAAGCGAAAUUCUGGUAGGGCUUAUGUGCAACAUCAGUUCUGAAUACUGGUGAGGGUUUGAGGCGCAAAAUGGCUGUGAUGAUUGGGAUCUAUUUCAGAGUUUCUUGGCUUUGUCUGCUAAUUGGAGGGAUAACCUGCUCUACAUCAAAAGAUUAUGGAUAUCCUGCACAAAGUUCUGAUGCAGCAUGGCUCUAUGCAGGAUCACUUGGGUCUAUAGGAUAUUACAACUCUCCAGCAGCUCCAAUGCAAGAACAGCUGACCACCGAGCCACAGAAAUAUCCGGCCGCAAUCGUGCAGAAGCAACCGGCCCCUAUGCCACCUCAAGAAGUGCAGCAUCCAGCUCAAAUUCCCCUGCAGCAAAAGCAUCUGGCCGCCAUGCCUCAGCCACAGAAGCCACAGCAACCUCAGCAAGUGUGGUAUCCAGUUCAAAUUCCCCAGCAGCAGAAGCAACCGGCCGCUGAACCACAGCAGCAGAAGGAACUAACCGCCAUAUCACAGCUACCUCAGCAAGUGUGGCAUCCAGCUCAAAUGGCCCAGCAGCAGAACAAACCAGCCACUGAACUUCAGCAGCAGAAGGAACUAACCGCCACACCCCAGCAAUGUCAGCAAGUGUGGCAUCCAGCUCAAAUGCCCCAGCAGCAGAAGCAACCGGCCUCCAUGCCUCUACCACAGAAGCAACCGACUGCCAUGCCACAGCAAGUGUGGUAUCCAGCUCAAUGUCCACAGCAGCAGAAGCAACCGGCCGCUGAACCUCCGCAGCAGGAGGAACCCACCUCCGUACCUCAGCAAGUGUGGCAUCCAGCUCAAAUGCCCCAGAAGCAACCAGCCACUGAACCUCAGCAGCUGAAGGAACCGACCGCCAUACCUCAGCAAGUGCGCUAUCCAGCUCAAAUGUCCCAUCAGCAGAAGCAACCGGCCCCAAUGCCCCAGCAAGUGUGGCAUCCAGCUCAAUUUCCCCAGAAGCAACCGGCCUCCAUGCCCCAGCAAGAGUGGCAUCCAGCUCAAAUGCCCCAGCAGCAGAAGCAACCGGUCCCAAUACCCCAGCAAGUAUGGCAUCCAGCUCAAAUGCCCCAGCAGCAGAAGCAACCGGUCCCAAUACCCCAGCAAGUAUGGCAUCCAGCUCAAAUGCCCCAGCAGCAGAAGCAACCGGUCCCAAUACCCCAGCAAGUAUGGCAUCCAGCUCAAAUGCCCCAGCAGCAGAAGCAACCGGUCCCAAUACCCCAGCAAGUAUGGCAUCCAGCUCAAAUGCCCCAGCAGCAGAAGCAACCGGUCCCAAUACCCCAGCAAGUAUGGCAUCCAGCUCAAAUGCCCCAGCAGCAGAAGCAACCGGUCCCAAUACCCCAGCAAGUAUGGCAUCCAGCUCAAAUGCCCCAGCAGCAGAAGCAACCGGUCCCAAUACCCCAGCAAGUAUGGCAUCCAGCUCAAAUGCAGCAGAAGCAACCGGCCUCCAUGCUGCUACCACAGAAGCAACCGACCACCAUUCCCCAGCAAGAGUGGCAUCCAGCUCAAAUGCCCCAGCAGCAGAAGCAACCGGUCCCAAUACCCCAGCAAGUAUGGCAUCCAGCUCAAAUGCCCCAGCAGCAGAAGCAACCGGUCCCAAUACCCCAGCAAGUAUGGCAUCCAGCUCAAAUGCCCCAGCAGCAGAAGCAACCGGUCCCAAUACCCCAGCAAGUAUGGCAUCCAGCUCAAAUGCAGCAGAAGCAACCGGCCUCCAUGCUGCUACCACAGAAGCAACCGACCGCCAUGCCUCAGCAAGUGUGGUAUCCAGCUCAAAUGCCCCAGCAGCAGAAGCAACCGGCCGCUGAACCUCAGCAGCAGACGGAACUGACUGCCAUACCUCAGCAAGUGUGGCAUCCAGCUCAAAUGUCCCAUCAGCAGAAGCAACCGGCCCCAAUGCCCCAGCAAGUGUGGCAUCCAGCUCAAAUGUCCCAUCAGCAGAAGCAACCGGCCCCAAUGCCCCAGCAAGUGUGGCAUCCAGCUCAAUUUCCCCAGCAGCAGAAACAACCGGCCUCCAUGCGGCUACCACUGAAGCAACCAACCACCAUACCUCAGCAAGUGUGGUAUCCAGCUCAAAUUCCCCAGAAGCAACCAGCCACUGAACCUCAGCAGCAGAAGGAACCCACCUCCGUACCUCAGCAAGUGUGGCAUCCAGCUCAAUUUCCCCAGAAGCAACCGGCCUCCAUGCCUCUACCACAGAAGCAACCGACCACCAUGCCCCAGCAAGAGUGGCAUCCAGCUCAAAUGCCCCAGCAGCAGAAGCAACCGGUCCCAAUGCCCCAGCAAGUAUGGCAUCCAGCUCAAAUGCCCCAGCAGCAGAAGAAACCGGCUGCUGAACCUCAGCAGCAGACGGAACUGACUGCCAUACCUCAGCAAGUGCGCUAUCCAGCUCAAAUGUCCCAUCAGCAGAAGCAACCGGCCCCAAUGCCCCAGCAAGUGUGGCAUCCAGCUCAAUUUCCCCAGCAGCAGAAACAACCGGCCUCCAUGCGGCUACCACUGAAGCAACCGACCACCAUACCUCAGCAAGUGUGGUAUCCAGCUCAAAUGCCCCAGAAGCAACCAGCCACUGAACCUCAGCAGCAGAAGGAACCCACCUCCGUACCUCAGCAAGUGUGGCAUCCAGCUCAAUUUCCCCAGAAGCAACCGGCCUCCAUGCCUCUACCACAGAAGCAACCGACCACCAUGCCCCAGCAAGAGUGGCAUCCAGCUCAAAUGCCCCAGCAGCAGAAGCAACCGGUCCCAAUGCCCCAGCAAGUAUGGCAUCCAGCUCAAAUGCCCCAGCAGCAGAAGAAACCGGCUGCUGAACCUCAGCAGCAGAACAAACCGACCACCAUAUCACAUCUACCUCAGCAAGUGUGGCAUCCAGCUCAAAUGCCCCAGCAGCAGAAGAAACCAGCCACUGAACUUCAGCAGCAGAAGGAACUGACGGCCACACCCCAGCAAUGUCAGCAAGUGUGGCAUCCAGCUCAAAUGCCCCAGAAGCAACCGGCCUCCAUGCCUCUACCACAGAAGCAACCGACUGCCAUGCCACAGCAAGUGUGGUAUCCAGCUCAAUGUCCACAGCAGCAGAAGCAACCGGCCGCUGAACCUCCGCAGCAGGAGGAACCCACCUCCGUACCUCAGCAAGUGUGGCAUCCAGCUCAAAUGCCCCAGAAGCAACCAGCCACUGAACCUCAGCAGCUGAAGGAACCGACCGCCAUACCUCAACAAGUGCGCUAUCCAGCUCAAAUGUCCCAUCAGCAGAAGCAACCGGUCCCAAUGCCCCAGCAAGUGUGGCAUCCAGCUCAAUUUCCCCAGCAGCAGAAACAACCGGCCUCCGUGCCGCUACCGCAGAAGCAACUGACCGCCAUACCUCAGCAAGUGUGGUAUCCAGCUCAAAUGCCCCAGAAGCAACCAGCCACUGAACCUCAGCAGCUGAAGGAACUGACCGCCAUACCUCAGCAAGUGCGCUAUCCAGCUCAAAUGUCCCAUCAGCAGAAGCAACUGGCCCCAAUGCCCCAGCAAGUGUGGCAUCCAGCUCAAUUUCCCCAGCAGCAGAAACAACCGGCCUCCGUGCCGCUACCGCAGAAGCAACUGACCGCCAUACCUCAGCAAGUGUGGUAUCCAGCUCAAUUUCCCCAGAAGCAACCGGCCGCUGAACCUCAGCAGCAGAACAAACCGACCGCCAUACCCCAGCAAGUGUGGCAUCCAGCUCAACUUCCCCAGACGCAACCGGCCUCCAUGCCUCUACCGCAGAAGGAACCGACCGCCAUGCCCCAGCAAGAGUGGUAUCCAGCUCAAAUGCCCCAGAAGCAACCAGCCACUGAACCUCAGCAGCUGAAGGAACUGACCGCCAUACCUCAGCAAGUGCGCUAUCCAGCUCAAAUGUCCCAUCAGCAGAAGCAACCGACCGCCAUGCCCCAGCAAGAGUGGUAUCCAGCUCAAAUGCCCCAGAAGCAACAGACCGCCAUGCCACUGCAGCAACUGACCCCUAUGCCUGAGCAAUUAUGGCAUGUAGCUCAAAUGCCCCAGAAGCAACUGGCCUUAAUGUCUCCGCAGAAGCACUACGAAAGCACUGAAGAUGGUGCCUCUAGCUCUCAAGCCAGCGUCGUUGAACAGUCGGUUCUCGUCCCAAUUUAUUCCUACAGUUCCAAAUCGCGCUACGAGAAUGGCAAAACUGUCUUCUCCCAAACCCGCUACACACCUAGGGAGGCUAUGCCUGUUGCUAGUGGAAAUUCUCUCAAGGACAAUCAUGUUGUCAUUGCUGCACCAAGCAUAUACCCACCACUAGUAAAGGAUCCUGCAAGGAAAAUCUAAUGGUGGAUUCGUCUUCUAGAAGCUCUAAUGGUUUUGGUCUGCUUUUGUUUCGACCAGGAAGUUGCUGGUACUCUAGCAUGACUGAAUCAAUAAACAAUUUUACUUUCAAAAACG